AUGGCGGCUUCCAAAUUUAACAAUGCGAUCACACUAUCUGCACUUCGACACACCUCGGUAACGACGUUGAACGUUUUGUGCGUGUCUACAUCCUGCAUUACGGACCAGUUCAAAUACAGCUACCCACCCCUCCCUGAUGACGACUUCCAAUCUCCCAUAUGUGAAAAUGGACCAAUUGUCAGCGAGGAUGAGAGUGAGGCGAAAGAGGCAGAGUCAGAAUGUAGAGAUAGCCUGGAGUCGAGUUUUAAUACAGAGCAUGGCAUCAGACUCAAGAAGGUAAAUUUCAUGGAAGAUGUUGCAAAGCAAGAUGAUGUAGAUAGGGCAGACAUUUCGAACAGGCAGAAAGGGGCCAGGAGACCUUUGACCACCUUCAAGGGCACACUACUGCACGUCAGUCCAUCUGAGGAACUCAGUUUUGGUUCUAGAGAUACAGAGAGAAAAUGUCUGGUCAUCCUCCACAACGUGACCAAAAACCAUGUGGCGUUCAAGGUGCGAACGACAGCUCCAGAGAAGUACCGUGUGAAGCCCAGCAGUAGCAGCUGUGAGACAGGGGCCAAUGUUGACAUUGUGGUCUCUCUGCAUGGAGGUUACCAGGCCUCUCCUCAGGACCGCUUCCUGGUCAUGGCUGCUGAGAUGGAAGCAAAUGUAAGUGCAGGCUCCCUGGAUCUCGCCCAGUUCUGGAAGGAAGUUCCCAAAGCAAAGAUCAUGGAGCACAGACUUCGGUGUCAUAUUCUUGAGAGUCCUAAGUCUAUUCUGAGUAAUCUGAGUGACACUUCGUUAGGCACGCCUACCACUGACACCCAAGAUCUCCACAUGACAUUAAUGCGAGUCAUGGCCAGUAACUCCCGCCUGGAGCAGAAGGUGGACAUGUGUUUAUGGUUGCAGAAGGUUCUCCUCUUACUGGCAUCAGUGUUGCUGGCUUUCAGCUUCUCCACCAUCUACUUACUGUGGACAUCAUAAUUUCUUCCCCCCACCCUCAGUAGAACUGCAGGACCAUCAGGCUCAGUCAAUCAGAGCUUACCGUGCAGCAACACUGGUCAGUCUGCUGCUGUGGCAGUGUGCCUUACUAAACAGACCGUCAUAAGAGCCGAUUCCUGCCCAAGCAGUGCCACGUUCGCCAGGCAUGCUGGAUAAGGCAACCUUCUCUCACCUGUUCUUGCAUCUAACCAUGGCGAGCAGACUGUGAUUUAAAGAUUAAUCAUGUAUUUUUAUUACUCAUCAUGAAGUAAUGACAUUUAAUUUAUAAGUGGUGUAAUGUAGCUUGUAUAGUAAUUAUUUAACAAUAGAAAUACUUUGUGAUCAAUUGUAUGAACAUUGAA